UUUUUCAAGAUGACCAAUCAGCGACGGAUACGUUUUACGAUGGCGAUUGAGUCAAACGGCCCGCCCUGACGUCGUCCAUUGAAGAAGAAGAGGGACGGUCUCAUCAUACCAUCCACAGAAGAAAUUCAAUCAUGACGGCUAAACUUUGCAAGCUUUUUGUCGGAGGACUGAACGUUGAGACCACGGAAGAUGGCCUCCGCAAGUAUUUUGAGCAGUACGGGACGCUAAGUGACUGCGUUGUGGUCAUGAACCAGCAACUCGGACGGUCCCGCUGUUUCGGCUUUAUCACCUACUCGACACCGGAGGAGGCCGACGCAGCAAUGGCGGCUAAGCCACAUGUCGUCGAAGGCAACAACGUGGAGCUGAAAAGGGCCAUAGCUCGAGAGGACGCGAACAACCCGGACAUCCUCGCCAACGUCAAGAAAAUAUUCGUCGGCGGCGUGAAAGACCACAUUGAGCCGGAUAACCUGACCGAGUACUUCUCCCAGUUCGGCGUGGUGGAGAAGGCCGAGAUCAUCUCUGACAAGCAGACCGGCAGGAAGAGAGGCUUCGGCUUUGUCUUUUUUGAGGACACCGAUUCUGCAACCAAAGCGGUGCUGACCAAAUACCACACCAUCAAUGGAAACAAGGUGGAAGUGAAGAAAGCUCUGACCAAGCAGGAGAUGUCCACCGGCGGCCGAGGAGGAAGGGGUCGAGGGAGAGGGAUGCAAAACUAUGGCGGCGGACGAGGGGGUGGCGGCUACGGAGGAGGCUACGGCGGCAAUUACGGAGGCGGCUACGGCUAUGGCGGGGGUUACAACGGUGGUGGAGGCUACGGGGGUUAUGGGGGCUACGAAGAAUACGACAACCAGAUGGGGGGUGGGUACAGUAAUGGUGACUUUGGGGACGGCUAUGGACAGCAGCACUCAAAUUAUGGUGCAGUGAAGGGGGGCAGCUAUUCCUACAGGAGCGGGGCUCCUUACAACAGAGGCGGCGGCGGCGGUGGUGGCUACGGCAGGGGGGGUGGAUUUGGCGGUGGCUAUUAGUGGCUUCCUCCAGUUUUGAGAUGUUCAUGGGGAAAAUUCUGAUUACAACGAACUUGAAUUUACACACACACGCACACACACACGCGCACACACACAUCAUAUAAGCCCAGGUGGGGGUGAGGGGUCUUUGUUUUGUUCAUUCAAAUGAAGCAGUGCCCAUCACCCACACGGAAUGAAUGAGACUGUCCUCUGGAUCCUGGCUCUCCCCCACCCGGACCCCAUCUGUCCUCUUAUUCCACACAUUAUGGACUUUACUACUAAGAAUUGUGAAUUAUUGAAUCGUACUUUUGUUAUGUUUGGGGGAAAGACUUGUUUUGAACCAUUUGUAAAGCCGUAAUCAAUGUCAGUCACUGCUCACUCAGAAAUGAGUUUGUUUGUCUUGCAAACCAGCCAGAUGUGUCUGUUAUUUUUGCAUCAUGAACUCAGGGUUUUAAGUGAAGUUGGUGGCAGUGUCGGGCAGCAUGGGACUCGAUUGCUUGAGUUUCUUGAUCUUAAACACUUCCGUGACAAAGUAUUUUUUUGGAGAAAUGUCACGGACUGUUUUGUUAACUGUAAAUUACUUUUUUUCCACUUCUCCCGUCCCAUUACAGGCGUUUGUUUAGAUUAAAACUGUUUGAAAUCCAUGUGUUCAGUUCGCCCCUAUGUUGUAUUCUGCUUUUAUUAAAGUUUUUAAUGUUUUGAAAAUCUA